AUGAUCCGUCAUCUACGUUUAGAUUGUGGAACAGAAAAACCAUUUCAAUGUUCUGUUUGUAAAAAAACAUUCAAACGAAAAUAUCAUCUUAAACGUCAUUAUACAAUACAUUGUAUUAAUUAUGAUGAUCUACUGGAGGAGGAGCAUUUGAAACAAAAGAUCAAGGAAGGUUCUUCGGAAGAUGAUGAUGUUAUAAUUGUACAAAAUAAAAUACCAUCAUAUUCGCUAUUGGAGACAGAAAGUGGGAGAAGUAUAAUAAAACAGGAAACCGGAAAUGAUGACAUCGAAAUCGAACCACAAGGUGAUGCUCUAGUGGCCUUGAGACAAUUGGCUGAUAUCACAGCCCCGGAUGCAUUUGCAAAAUUACUACCAACGCUACCGAAAGUUUUAAUUUCAAGAGGAAAUGAACGAAGACGAAGUAGUUAUGCCAAUAGUGCCAGUAGUAUUGGAAUUGUUCCUGGUGGAAAUAAUAAGCCCAUAACUUUGGGAGCUAACAUCGUUGCUGCUGCUAGAGAUAGAGAAAGAUCUGUAUCAACUAAGCAUUAUGAGUUGAAGAAGUUGCAGCUUCGAUAUCCCUGUGUGACAUGUGGAAAAAGUUAUUUACGUAAGGCACAUCUUAAGCGGCACAUGCGGAACGAGUGCAUUGAUGUACCACCAAAAUUUUGUUGCGAAAUCUGUCCAUCGAAAUAUCGACGCAAUGAAGAUCUCAAAAGACACAUGUCAAAGGUUCAUCAUAUAUUCUUGCGAAAGCGGGAUGAUGUUGAUAAUGAAAUUUUUCCGUCAUUAUAUUACAUUCCAUAUAGUUAA